AUGACCUGUCAGACAGAAAAUGUGGCACUGGGAAAAUACUCCAUACAAAGAUCCACAUACAGGGACAAUACAGCGGACAAGGCUGUUGAUUGGCCAAACCGUGAAGAGACGUGCGCAAUGACAAGGCCAGGAUAUCCCGGAUCUUGGAUGGUUGAUCUAAAGCAGAGAUACGUGUUACACAGGAUGAAUCUGAAGUCAGUGUGCAGUGAUUACCGGUUUGGUGCCCUGGAUUGUGAAGGCACCUGCCAUUGUCACAACCCUGACGAGAUCUGUAACAAGACUAGUGGCGUGUGUCAGAGCGGCUGUGCGCCUGGCUGGACGGGCCCCGGUUGUCAAGAGGUCUGCCUUGGAAGCUUUGGCCCGGAGUGCCGUACACCGUGUGGUCAUUGUCGGGGUGGGGCUAUAUGUGAGCCUGUAUCGGGCGUCUGUGUGGGAGGCUGUCAGGCCGGGUGGAGAGGGAAGAACUGUGACCAAGCAUGUAUACCGGGCUCAUAUGGCCGAGGUUGUUCAUCAAUGUGUGGUCACUGCUUGCACACUUCCUGUGACCCCUUGUCUGGGGCCUGUCCCCGUGGGUGUGACCCUGGCUGGAUGGGACCCAGCUGCGAUACCCCAUGUUCCCAGGACCGCUAUGGUGAAAAUUGUGCCUUUACCUGCGGCAAGUGCCGGGUCGGAUCCUCCUGUGACAGCGUCACGGGGUUAUGUCCCCUUGGUUGUUCUGAUGGCUGGCGCGGAGUGUUCUGUACAUUAGAGUGCCGUGAAGGGACGUACGGAGCUGACUGUGCUCACAGCUGCCAAAACUGCCACAGCGGUCAUUGUAACCACACCACUGGUCAUUGUGGGGUCAUGGGAUGUAAGACGGGUUGGAGCGGACCAAAAUGCAAUCAGAAAUGUGACCCAGGUAAACACGGUUCCAGUUGUGAAAUAGACUGUGGUCACUGCCGCCAUGGGGCCAUCUGUGACCCCAGUUCGGGGGUCUGUUCGGGGGGCUGUGCCGACGGAUGGGUUGGAUCUGUCUGUAAGGAUAAAUGCCAACGGGGAUUCUAUGGAGAAGACUGUGAAGUGAAAUGUGGGGUUUGUUUUGAGGGUAGGCCUUGCCAUCACGUGACUGGGAAAUGCCCAGGCGCUUGUACCCACGGGUAUUCCGGCACACUGUGCCAAAAGAAAUUACUGAUAGACCCGACACGUAAUCUGCUAACGUCAGUGGUUUUGGGAACAGGCGCGGUGGUUUUCGGCUCUCUGUUCGCUUUCAUCAUCUGCCUGGUGAUAAGAUGGCGUCAAGAUGACAUACAGGACGACGGUGAAGAGGACGAAAAGCGGACUGAGCGGCGGGCCCCUCUCCUACGACGGUUAGAGAGUCUGUGAUACCCAUCUACUAACCCAAUAUGCACAUCACUGAUUAAAUACGCAAUGCAUAGUGUAUGCCAACGCUCUGACGUGGCACCCCAUACAGCAUGUCCAAUGCCGGUAGAUCCAGACUGUGCUGACUUUGGGUUUCGCAAAAAUUUUACUCGGUAAAGGAUGGCCCCAAACCAAAGUCAGAGUUUGCUCCAUUUAAAAACCGGUUGCAGUUGCAGUGGCAGGUUGUUACCAUUAUGUUCCCUACUUUUUCGUCUGUCGAUUUAUUGUAAGCACAAUGCCAGUCGACUGUUUUCUAAGCCAUGUGGGCCCAAGAUUCCUUCGUCAUGAAAAGCCACUCGUUGUACUGACAGCCUCGACAUACUUGACAAGGGCAGGUAAUAGCACCAUGUUUUCAAAUGAAGCGCAUCUUGCCAUUGGUUUGGGGCCACCCUUGGCCAAACCUGUCAGAACAAUCUUGGACUAACUGCCGGACUGUCAGAUACUCAAUUCCUGACGUUCUCAAAAUCACCUGCAAAAUUUGAGAAAUGGUACCAGUCAUAAGAAAUGCCUCAUGGAAACAUUUAAAAUGGAAGUCCCAUUAACUGGCAUUCUCAGGGUUUGAGACGCAUAGAUACCACAUACGGUUCCAAAAGUGGCUAUGCAAAUCUUAAAGCAUGCUGUUGAGAACUGUGCUUAAUUGUGAGAUAACAUCCCAAUAUGACUGUGCUCAAAUAUCGUGAUUUUGUUGUAUCAACUCUUCGAAUCGUAAAUCAACUAGUCAAAUGAAAAUAGGAUAACUCAUAAGUGCUCACAAAUUUGUAAUGUAGUGAUUUUUGAAUUCUGUAAGUCAGUUCUGCAUAUCACUGUGUGAAUGAACCUUAGCUAAUUUGUUUUGGUGACAUCAUAUGCAGGUAUGUAAUAUUUCAAACUGCAGUUAUAAUGCCGACUGAUAUCCGAUUUUUCAGUGUUACAGUGGGAAAACUUAUAAUGUUGUAAAAUUAUCAACCAUGUCGUAUAAAUGACCCAACUGUAC